UAAAAAUUAUAGAUUUUGCUUCGUCCGCAAAGAGACGGAGGCAAAGCGUAGAGAGAGGGAGAGAGAGAAGCCGUGGCUCGGUAGCUCCUCCGUUUGGCAGAGAAGAUGUCGUCGACGCUACUGGAGCAGACACGUGCCGCUCACGAGGAGGUGGAGCGGCUCGAGCGGCUGAUAGUGAAGGACUUCAUGAACGAGCCGCCGUCCAGCAAGGACCGCUUGUACCAGGGCCACCGCGUCCGCCAAAUGAUCGACACCAUCACCUCCACCACCGAAAAACUGAUUGACAUCUAUGAAGAUAAAGAUAAUGCGAGGAAGGACGAGAUUGCGGCUCUCGGAGGCCAGACUGCCACUGGCACCAACGUUUUCAGCGCAUUUUAUGAUCGAUUGAAAGAGAUUCGUGAGUAUCACCGAAAGCACCCAGUUGCUCGUGUUGUUGAUGCUAAUGAGGAAGAAGAAGCACUGCUAAAGGAGGAACCUCAAAUCGAGUUCAGUGGAGAGGAAGCUUUUGGAAGAUACCUUGACUUGCAUGAACUAUACAACCAGUAUAUUAAUUCCAAAUUUGGAGAACCUAUCGAGUACUCUGCUUAUCUUGAUGCUUUUUCACAACCACAAAAGAUUCCACACAAGCUGAAGUCGGCAAGGCAGUACAAGGAAUAUAUGGAAAAUCUACUUGCAUACCUGAUAUAUUUUUUCCAGAGGACAGAGCCAUUGCAAGAUCUUGACAGAAUAUUUUUGAAGGUUGAAACCGAAUUUGAAGAGCAAUGGGCAGAUGGCAAGGUAAAAGGAUGGGAAAAUGAGAAGCAAGAAAAUGGGCAUGUUCAAGAUCAACUUACUAUGAUCGAUCUUGAUUAUUAUAGCACGGUGGAAGAACUGAUGGAAGUGGGCCCUGAAAAGCUAAAGGAGGCACUAGCUUCAUUAGGACUGAAGACAGGUGGUACUGUUCAGCAGCGUGCAGAGAGGCUUUUCCUUACGAAGGACACACCUCUGGAGAAGUUGGACAAGAAACAUUUUGCCAAAGGUUCGCGUGGUGCAGAACAGAAUGGGGCUGCUGCAGCUCCACAACAAGUUGACAAUUUAAAAGAAAUUGCUUUAUUGGAGGCCAAAACAAAAAAAUUAUGCGACUUACUGACUGAGGCUAUUGAAAGAACAAAAGACAACAUCAUGAAGAAACAGGCUUUGACAUAUGAAGAAAUUGAAGCAGAACGUGAAGAGGAAGAGACACAGGCCGAUACUGAAAGUGAUGAUGAUGAACAGCAGAUUUACAAUCCACUGAAAUUGCCAAUGGGUUGGGAUGGGAAGCCCAUUCCCUACUGGCUGUAUAAGCUUCAUGGUCUUGGUCAGGAAUUCAAGUGCGAGAUAUGCGGGAAUUACAGUUACUGGGGGCGUAGAGCAUUUGAGAGACAUUUUAAGGAAUGGCGCCAUCAGCAUGGUAUGCGUUGCCUAGGUAUACCAAACACGAAGAACUUCAACGAGAUCACAUCAAUAGAGGAAGCUAAAGAACUAUGGAAGAGGAUACAAGCACGGCAAGGUGUAAACAAAUGGCGCCCGGAUCUUGAAGAAGAGUAUGAAGACAGAGAAGGUAACAUAUACAAUAAGAAGACAUAUACUGAUCUGCAGCGACAGGGGCUGAUUUAAAGAAUGCAGCUGUUCGGAAAAUCCCAUGUUUAAUCGACUGCUAAGGGAAAAACAAUGUUUAUGGUCGAUGUUCCAUCCUUCUUUUCCGGGAACAAUGUAACGGUGUCAAGUGGCACCGUAACAACCCGAGCAAUAGUCUCGGGUUGCAACACGGUUGAGGCGGGCGGGCGAGGUUGUAGGUUUUUUUGUAGUUAACUUGCGAAACGUAGCAAGGCCCUUGAUGUUAAAGGUAGUCGAUGAUUCUACCAUCCCUUUGAAUCCAUUGUGCAUUUGAAUUGUUAUCACUAACGAGACAAUGCCCUGAAAAUUACAACUUUAAUCGAAACCAAACGAGAAAUUAUGAAUUUUU